CAGUGAACCAACUCAAAUUCACGCCCCUCACCAUAUCUUUUUAUCAUUCAGAAAUAACAGAGCCGCAGACAUCAUUUUCAUUCAAAAAAUUUCUGUGUGCCUGAUAAGAAAUAAACUGCUUUAUUUUCAAUUCAAGUAAACGCCUUUCAUUUCGGGCCGCUAAAUUUCAUACUAGUCGAAAGAAAGUAAAGUAAUUCUUUCUACAUCAUAUUUUCCUUUGCUUUCAUUUUUCAAAUGUACGAUCCAUCUAUGUAAGACUAGGAAACAGCUACUUUCCCUUUCUAUUUCUACCAUCACGACACUGAUAUGAAAAUGUAAAAGACCUUAUUUAUUUAAAGAUAGUGAUGUUCUUGAAAAAGAACUACAGGCAAGAAACGACUUGAAGACGGAUCAGUCCUUGAUGAAUUCAACAUGUGAAUAUUUGAGUCAAGAUCUGAAUAGAUUAAAAAAAUUUGGCACCAUCUUGCUGCAUCACAUUCUGUCUCCUAAAGUUGAUUUCGAUAUUGUCACCAAGUUGAAGUUUAUAGAUACUUAUUUUGUGCCCUCCACAACAGAAAGCGAACAAAGGAACACCCAAACCAAAAGAUUGAAGCAACAACAAGCGAUGAAGCAGGCUUUUACAGAUGACAACAACAAAACCGACGACGAUCACUUUCCAACAAGGUUUCUCCACGUGAUUUUUUCUUUCUGUUUAAAGAUACGCGACAGUGGACAGGAUCUAUCCAAUAUCGAGGUUUAUCAAUUGUUAUACUCUGUAUUAGAUCAGUGCGCGCCCUUCAUACCGCUCAAUGCUUGGAGAACUGAGCUUGAGUCUCUGUCAAUGGAAAGAGAAAGGAAAAUAUUAGCAGACUGUGACAAUAAGAUAGACGAAUAUAUCUCUUCUCCAGCCUUAUAUCCACAAGGUCUUCAUAUAAAAGAGUAUUGCAAAGAAUUCGGCUAUAACAAAAAUAUUGAAAAGAUUUUGAGUGUCAAGAUCGCAUUAUACAAUAUUCUAUAUGAAGAAGAACUAUCGCCCAUCAGCUUACAGAACCAUUUUGCGUUUUCUGAAGCUUGGGUUUCUUUUUUACAAACAAUUCGUACAUCGCUUUCUACCAAAAUGUUCACAUUACAUGCAGAAUCAAUAGAAAAUGAUUUAUUCUCGUUUCCAGCAAAAGCAGAAAAAGAGCUGCAUAUGAUACCCUUUAGAAAGGAUGUGACCAAUAUGUUCUGCUUCAAUUUUGAAAAUCAGCAAACAUUGGAGACCACCUUUAAAGAAUGCAUACAAUCUUUAAAAUAUGCACACACAAAAUACAUAACAACUUUAGUUUAUGCCCUUUAUCAGUUAAUAUUGUACGCUUUUAAGGGCGAUAUGCAUGCAACUGCACAGAAGGACCCCCUGCGCUUCGACCUACUGAGAAUAAGUCAAAGUACCGUUUGGUUUGAACUCUAUGAGGAUGUAUUAAAGCAAAUCGUUUUUGAAUCAAAGCCGUACAAAGAGUCUCCUUACAUCCAAAAGUUAAUCAAAUUGGCCGCUUGCUACCUGCAAUUUCGCUUUAUGCUUAAGACAGACAAUAUUUGUCAACAACAGGAAGAUGAUAGAAUCCUUUUGAAGGCUGUCUGGGAUCAUUACUACCUACAAAGGUCUGUCUUUCUGAAAUCAAUCAAAGAUGAGCAAUUACAACUCGAGAAACAGACGGAAUUACGAUGGGUGGAGAAAAUCGUUUUCACAAGUGCUUGCUCGCCAGUUUGAUAUAUAUCUUGACACUGUUCACGCUACCUCACAUCUUUUUUCUUUUUUUUUUCCUCCUUUUUGCCAAGAGAAAGGUACAUCAAAUGAGUAUAAUGUAAGGAAUAUACAGACUUUUUCUAUUUAAAGAAAAGGGCACAGAUAGUUUAGUUGUACUUCUGAAACACAUAAUUAAAUAAACCUGUUAUUCGAAUAUUUCUAUAUGCC